AGGACAGGUGACCUCUGAAGCUGGAGUUUGAACUCAAGCGCAUAGGGUAUCCCGUUCAUUGACCGUCAUUCUGCAGACCAGGACUACCGCUGCCUCUCUUGAGAAUGGGAACCAUGUCACUGCACCGUGUGUGUGGAGUGUUUGUAUUCUUCAGCUUAUGUCUGAUUUCCUUCCCACCACAUUGCCAUGGAGGAAACAUUCUGGUGUUCCCUGUAGACGGCAGCCACUGGAUCAAUAUGAAGAUUCUGCUUGAAGAACUUCAUGCCAGAGGACACAACCUCACUGUGAUCAGGGCGUCCACCAGCUGGUACAUCCCUGAAAAGUCUCCACUGUACACAUCCAUUACACUUGAAGUUGGUAUAGGAAUGGAGGAUUUUUUUGAUGAGUUCCUAAAGGAGCAAAUGCAGGCACAGAGAGAAGGAGCUUCACUACUGACUUUGAAACUCACCAUGGAUUUCCUUUCUAUGAUUUCUCAGGCCCAUUCACUGUGGGCUGAUGCUGUCCUUCAAAUAUUUGAAAAUCAAAAUUUGAUUGAAAGCUUAAAAGAUUCCCAAUAUGACCUGGUUCUCACUGAUCCAGCUAUGGCACCAGGACUUGUGCUGGCCAAAUAUCUCAAACUGCCCAUUGUGCUCAACGUACGCUGGAUCACCAGUGGAGAGGGUCACUUUGUGUUAGCCCCCUCACCACUCUCCUACAUCCCAGUGCCAGGAUCAGGAUUAACAGACAAAAUGAAUUUCAUCCAGAGGGUCAAGAACAUGCUCUUCUAUGGCAUUAUAUUGUUCCAGCAGAGAUUCAUGGUGGGGCCACACUACCAAGCUGUUUGUGAUAAACAUAUUGAGGGAGGAUGUGACAUUAUCUCCCUUCUCCAGGAGGCUGACAUUUGGCUGUUCAGGUCAGAUUUUGUGUUUGAUUUCCCUCGCCCCACAAUGCCAAAUGUUGUCUACAUCGGAGGAUUCCAGUGCAAACCAGCCCAGCCUCUGCCAGCAGACCUGGAGGACUUUGUUCAAAGUGCUGGGGAGCAUGGAGUGAUCAUCAUGACCCUGGGAACGCUGGUUAAUGCUUUGCCCAAUGACAUUGCAGAUGAAAUUGCCAGCGUUUUUGCCAAGCUGCCUCAGAAGGUGAUAUGGAGGCACAAAGGAGAGCGUCCCUCUACACUGGGCAACAACACUCUCAUAGUGGACUGGAUGCCACAGAAGGACCUCCUGGGACACCCGCAGACCAGAGUCUUUGUGGCUCACGGAGGAACCAAUGGAGUCCAGGAGGCCAUUUACCACGGGGUCCCUGUGCUCGGCAUACCCUUGUUCUUUGACCAGUAUGACAACCUUCUACGUUUGCAGGAGAGAGGAGCAGCAAAGAUCAUUCGGCUGGGUGAUGUUAAUGGCAACACUUUUGAGCAAGGUAUUAGGGAACUUCUCUAUCAAGACAGUUACAGACAGAACAUCCAAAGAAUGUCACGUCUGCACAGAGAUCAGCAAGUGGCACCCAUGGAUCAGGCUGUGUUCUGGGUAGAAUAUGUGAUCCGUCACAAAGGGGCUCCUCACCUGCGUACAGAGGCUUAUAAGAUGCCCUGGUACUCAUACUACUGUGUAGAUGUGCUGCUCCUGUUGCUGACUGCAGUAACUGUGCUACUGAUGUCCACUGUGGCCAUUUUUCGGUUUCUGUUCUGCAGAAGACAAAGGAAGACAAAAUCCAAACAGAACUAAGUGAGGUCAAAUUUGUUACGAAAUUAGCUUCAAGUUCUCUGUAACACUGCAUUUAAACAAAAGCAUGUCUUCAAGGUGGAGUUUGUGAUUUUGGAGAAAUGUUGAUAUUUAAGUCGUCAGCGUAUUUAUACAGUUAGCUUUUAUCAGAUUUAAUGUGGCACAUUACUCUGUCACUUCUACUGCCCAUUUCCCCGUCCUGUACACAUGUAGGAAUAUGCACAGCAUGGAAUGUGCACAGGGCACACUGGAUGUAUGCUACAUCAUUGUCUUGCUGGUAAACAUACUUCUUCCAAGUUAUAGUUUUCUUGCAGACAGCAUCUGAUUGUCCUUCCAGAAAUUCUCUAUUUUUUGUCACAUUAAUUUCAACUACUAGUUUUACAAGGCUUCCAAGGAUUGCUGCUGAGAUGCAUCCUGCAUCAUGGUGCUGCCAACCUCAUGCUUCAGUGUAUUUUGUGAUGAUGUGCACUGUUUGGUGUCCAAACAUAACAUCUAAACUAAUGUCCAAAAAGCUCGAGUUUAGUCUCAGACCAUAGAACUUUGCUUCAGUUGACUUCAGAGUCUCCGACAUGCCUUCUGGGAAACUCUAGUCAAGAUUUAAUCUGAUCUUUUUUCAACAGUGACUCUCUUUUUGCCAUUCCACCAUAAGCUCUGACUGGUUAAGAACAGACAGCUGCGGUUGUAUGCACAGUCUCUCUUGCUUGUAGCUCUUGGAGAGGAUUCAUGGGUGUUUUGGUGACUGUUGUCACUUGUCCGUUUCUUGCAAGGUCGGCCUGCUCUAGGCAAAUUUACACAUGUGCCUUAUUGCUUUAAUUCCUUAUUCUUGGAUUUAUGUGUAAAGCAAGGAAUAGUCAGUGACUUUGAAUUUUCUUGAAUCCAUUCCAGACUAAAACACACGCAGGUGUUUGUAUACUAAGGUAUUUAAGACACAUGAACUGCACUUAAAUGCUCUACAGUUCACUCAUUGCGUGAACUCUGGUCCUUGGUUGGCUUCACUUGUGUUGAAAUAGGCGAGUCAUUUUAAAGGCAGUGAAUAUUUAUGCACUCAGUUUAGAUAUUUAAUGUAUUGACAUCACUUUGUAGAAAUCAGUUUUCAUUUUGAUAUGAAAUAAUCUUUGUAAAUUCUUAUAAAAGAGAUUUUAAAAAAAUUAACCAUGAUUCAUGGUAAACAAAGUAAAACAGGCGCAUUACCUUCUCACUCCUCCUGCCCCCUUUCUCCUGAUUUCACCUCUGCCUACCUAUCCCACUGUAAGUAGGAAUGUGCACGGGGGAUACCCAGGUGGUGUAGUGUGGAUUGGUUCAAGAUACUUUCUCUCCCAUUUAAGAGUUAUGGCUGUACAUAAACACUAAAUGUUUUUUUUUUUUUUUGGCAUGGCACAGAAUGGACAGCUAAGAGAUUGGAGAUUUCCUGGGAAUUUCACGCAAACGCUAAUUUGUUAUUUUGAACAUACACUUAUUUGUACCUUUAUUAUUUAUGAUGCAAAACAACUCUCUUUUGCCAUAAAAAUAUAAUAUAUAAAUGUAGUUAAAAUCAAUCUUUUUUUCUUGUUUCCCUCAAAUCAUUGGUAAUGAUGUCAUGUUGUCAGAAUGAUUCUGUGAUUUUACAUCAACUGUGAUCAGUCAAACCACUUUUGAUAACAGGUGUUGAUCCUUAUUUGCUAAUGGCAUUUUUUUCCAAUGUAACAAACCACAACACUGCUGAGGACACUUUGGCUAAAGCCAAGUCGAUGUGAUGAAACUAACUCCACAUACUCUACAAAUGAAAUGAACUGUGACAAGUUCCCUACCAUUUCGUUUGACUGAAGAAAAGAUCAGUAAAGCUUUACUAGAAAUAAACUUUGUUUUUAAUCACUACAA